ACCGUUGUUAAAUUCGGUGAAAAACAUAUUUGUUUCAAGAACAACACAGUGAUACCAAAGCAAUUCCAAAAGUAUUUGGAAUUGAUAUACGAGAUUUCAAAGCAUCCGUCAAAUUUUAUAGCUUCUAUGGCACUAAUGUUUUGGCAGUCAGCAAUUCACCAUGCACAUAUCUCUAAGACAUUUAAAGAACAAGAUCAGUUAUUAUUAACGCUUUUAGAGCUAUUUGCAGAGAGACUUAGGAUAUUGUUCCAAGAAGAUGAUGCCGAUAAUAAAAUUACAUAUUACAUUGACAUGGAUUUUGAUUCAAGCAAUGAAUAUAGAGCUUUUGCUUUAGCUUUUCGCACGAGACUUGUUGAAACAAUAAAGUUAAUUACUCAGAUGCGGCCAAUAGAAACUUUCACUUGGAUAGUGAAUAGAAUCCAAAAAACCUUAAAUAUAAAUCUAGAAGAAAAGGAUUUAGAUGUUGAUGGUGUCUGUAAAGCAGACUCCUCAGCUUACAUUAUAUUUGAUGCGGAAUUGACAUUGAUGGAUUCUAUAGUUACUGGGGUCGGAAAAUUGAUAAAAUCUAAUGAAGACCAUGACACAAAUUAUGCUGAAAUCAAGAACGGAAUGAAUAACUUGCUUCAAAUGCUAUUGAAUCUUAAUUACCCGGACGUAUUAAUAUCAAAUAGAUAUUUAGCUUCUAUGCUAUCAUUUGUAGAUAUGCUAAAUAUGGAUUCGAGACUAUUAUUUCAAGUUUUACAAAAGAUAUUUCAGUUUGCUAUAUUUCGUCCUCCCGGUUUUAUUAUUUCACCUGCAUCCACUUUUCCAGAUCCCGUUUAUCGAUUACGAUGUGGAGCUGCUGCAAUAUUGAUAAAGUUUGGCACAUUAAUGCCCGAUGUUUUAAUGAACAUAUAUAAUGAUAUUGCAGGCUAUGUGAAUAAUAUUAUUGAUACCGGAAAUAAUUUGGUUAAGAGAAAAGAAAAAGUAUAUUAUUCUAAAAUUCCGUUAGAACAAAAAAAGGCACUCUUUGAUCCAAUAGUGUUACCGAUAAUGAAUGAAUGGCAUUCUCCUGAUAUAACCCGUUUUAUUACUUCAAUAACACAAUUUCGUGACGCUUCGGGCCUAAAUUUUUUGUCUUCAAUUAUAAUCAAUAUGAAACAAAAAGGCACCUACAAAUCAAAUUCAAAAUUUUCAAAAGAACUUCAUGAAACUAUAGCAUGUUAUGAAUCGGCGCGGUACAAUUUGACAUUAUUGGUAGACACAGUGAUAGCUUUCCUUGUAAAGUCACCGGAGGCAAUUUCAAGUUCUGUAUAUUCAGGAUUAUGGGAGCAAUAUGUACCAACGAUAUUGUUUGCAAUAUUGGCACUGAUACGAAUUAUUCAUCAGCUAUGGAAAAUCGAAUCGUGGCAAGAGUAUCCAGAAGAAUUACAGAAAGUGUUGAGAUUGAGCAAAGAGGAUAAAGCAAGCAUUGUGGGACAAUCAAUAAAUAUUCCAGCAACCGUCUCUAACAAAAAGUCUUAUACAAUAGCUAACUUAUUUGAAUUGACAUUGUUACUUUUAAAUAGUUAUCAUAUUCUUGGUCGACUAGCAGCAUUUGGACCAGCAUUUUAUUCCAUUCCAAAUGCACAUGAAUCUAUUAUGCAAUCUUUGUUUGAAAAUGCUGAAAUACCCGAAGCCCUUUCAGGGUUCUUCCCACAAUUAUUAAAAUUUCUGGAUAAAAAGUUGGUAUUAGAAUGGCGAAUUUUGGCUGAAAAAGGGAUUCAAAUCUCAACAUCAGAAACAGCUCAAUUAUUACAAGAUACUACUAGUGAUAUAUCAGACGAAAUAGUGAAUGAACAGGUGUUAAGGGAUUUGACCAGGGCUUUUGUUGAUAUAUUUGACCAAAUAUUCCUACCAGUGUCUAAAAAACAAGCAAUUGGUGAUAAUACAUCAUCUAUAUUAGAUAAUAAUGCAUUAAAAGAAUAUAUGCUAAAUCAUAUGCCAAUUACUGAGCCUUUCUUGAUGAGCUUGUGUCAUCUCUUGACUUUCAAAGAUACAGUAUCAUGUGCACGAACAACUCAAUUAUGUGCUAGAAUAUUACCGAAUCUGAUAAAACAUGAAGGGUUGAGAGGAUUUGUUGGAACUUCUUUAUUAACUGCUGCAUUGCAGGUAACAAAUGUUAAAUCUUGGCAACCUCCCGAAGUGUACCACUUUGGGAUUGAAUAUGAGCUUAAAGCUUUACAUGAUGGAUAUCAUAAAGAAUCCCAUUCUACAAUAAUUUCUUUUAUUACCGAUCUUUACGUAGAUUUGAGACCCUUAUCAUCUGUUCCUUAUGAAACCUUUGCACAAUUGCUAAAUAUGGAUCAUGUUCAGUUGCAGAAAUUUGAAACGUCCCUAGGUCAAGCAUCCGAAAGCAAAAUUUGUAAAAAGAAAGUUAAAGAGUUCCUUGAAGGAAUAACAGGGCUUUCUACAGAGGAAUGGUUCAAAAUACCUGAUACAGCACCUAUGAGUUCAACCCGUAGAAAAAUUUCUGGUGUUUAUUCAAAGCCUGAAAUUGGAGUUUUGGAUGUAGUUGAGGAUCCUUACGAUGUUGGAAUUGUUGAUUUGUUUGAUUAG